AUGACCUCGAACGAUGAGAGUCCCCGUGAGUCCGAGGGGGAGGGUAAAGAUGAUAUCGACUCUCUUAAUCCGGCCAGCAGCAUCUCUGGCAAGCGCCAGCGCAAGACCAAAUCAACGGCAUAUAUCGAUGACCUUGUCGCCGAAAAUCAGCGGCUCCGUAAUAGUCGGGAUACGGACACCAAAGUUCGGCCUGAACUCGGCGCACCGGAGGCUCCAAUUGCCCCUACCAAUGGCCAAGCUGAACCUACCUCGACCCUUCAAGGGACCCUGUUGGAGGAACGUCCCUGGUUCUUUGACAUGAACGUUCUUCACACACCGGUAUUGAUCGGUGAAGCAUCAGAUGCCGCCUUUGCCACGCGUUUCCGUCAAGCCAUCUCAGAGCCUGGACACAGCCAUAUUCCCAGAGUCAAUUACGCACCGGAUGAUAGACUACUUACCCUCUCUGAUGCCGACUGUCCCUGGCCUAUUCCUUCUCGAGCACGAUUGUUGGUCAAUGUCGCCCUCAAGUAUGUCAGUCGCUGCUAUCAUAUCGUUCGCAAAAGUCAGAUCCUUGAAGGGCUUGAGCAGACGAUCCAAAACCCACAUUCCACCGAUUCACUUCUAAAGAGUAAACUAUGGGCCCUGCUUGCCAUUGGGGAGAUGUACUCGACAAGGACGGCGGCAAAAGAAAAGAACUUUCCGGGAAUGUGCUAUUUUGCUCGGGCGACUCGUGUGCUCCGGAUCAUCAGUGAACGGCCGAGGAUUGAUGCUAUCGAGAUCAGGUUGCUUCUGUCCUUUUACUCUCUUGCACUCAACCGUCGGUACACGGCAUACGCUCUGGCCGGUUCUUCAGUUCGCCUUUCUGUAGUCAUGGGACUACACCUUAACGUCCCCGAAUCUCAACUAAGGGAUGCUGCUGCCAGAGAACACAGGAAUCGAGUGUGGUGGACUGCAUACAGCUUCGAUCGCAUGUGGGCAUCAAGGCUUGGUCAUCCAGUUGCGAUACAAGACAACGACAUAGAAGUUGACUUCCCUUCGGACCCGGUUUUGGAUACACCAUCAGACGACUUUGCAGACUCGGCAUACUUUAUCGCAAGUAUUCGAUUGGCUCGCCUCGCCUGGCGGGUCAUCAACUCGAUUUAUACGCGAAGGCCUCAGCAAAAGACUUUAUCUCAGAGAGUGCAGGAAGCUCUGAGAGAUCUGCGCACCUUUGUGGAAGAGUUGCCACCUCAUCUACACAUUGAGUCGACGGACGGCCCUGAACCAAGUCCCAAGCCUCUCUCCCUACACCUUUACUUCAACCAGGUCGCCAUCACUUCCACUCGACCUAUUCUUCUCCACGUCCUAAGAACUCACGUCGCCGCUUGGGAGACGCAGCCAAGGACAGAACCCCAAAUUCCUGCCUCUGCUGUCACCCUGUCGGAGGCUUGUGUGAGGUGUGCACGACACUCGUGCCGUCUACUAAUUGAGUGCUGGAUUGAUGGAUCCUUUGCUACGUUUGACUACUUUUAUACCCAAUAUCUCUUUGCUGCCGCUACUGUUCUGGCUAUUUCGAGCCUCCUUGACGGCAAAGAGUGUCGAAGCGACAAAGAACAGUUCGAGUCGGCCGCUCAGUUCCUGGCUCAGCUGAAAGAGAACGGCAACUUUGCUGCCGAGGAGUUCUGUCGACAUUUAGAUGCCAUGAAAAUUUGCAUGGCGGCAGUCCAGUCACGCAGAGGAGACUUUACUAUACCGGAUGCCAACCUCAUACAACUAGAUGGUAUCGACGUUAGUCAAGCACUCACGGCAGCCAAUCCCACAGCAGGCAUGGCAUUGUCGGAGCCUUCACUACAGGAGCUCCUGUCUCAGCCGGUUCUAGAUUUGCAGUUCAUCGAUGCAUCGAUGUAUCAUGAUAAUGCACAGGGACUGUACUGGCCAGACAUCAGCCCCGAGAGUUGGACGACCAACGCGUGGACACCGAAUUAAUACGUUUUCAACCAAAAGUCGAUUUUUUGUUUAGGAGGUAGUUUGUUCUUUUUAACGCAGACAUGUUGAGAUGAUUGAAUUCCAACUCUGUGCGUCUUUUUUG